AUGUGUACCGGGCUGUGUGUUCUGGUUAUUGCUGCUAUCACAACAGGAGGGGGACUUGGUGGGGCCUACUAUGUCUUCUAUCUCUCGUCCUCAACCCUACUCGUUCUGGCUGUUGUCUUCUGCUUGGCUAUCUUCAACAGCUAUCCAACAGAGCCGGGAAAGCUGGGUAGGUUUGAAGUCAGCCAAUAA